AAAGCCACGCCCCUUUCGCGGUCACAGUGUCGUCUGUGCAAAAUACGGAAAGGAGAAACAUUGUUACAGGCUGUAAUAGUACAAUUUAAGUUACCCGGCGAAGUGUUAACUUAAACGUUUUGGGCUGUUUUUUGGGGUAAUUUUGUCAUUCUGUAAAGUUUCAUUAGUGAUCAGAGUUCCACCACAGCUUUCAGUCGUAGAAGUUUGUUAAAAAAACCAAACACAAGUUAACCUAAAAUAUGCAAAACUACGCAGAGGCUGUCAGGGACUUUGUAGAGAAACAUGCCACUGGUCUCACUGUUGCUUUUGUUGCAGGGGCAGGUGUACUGGCCUUGCGCAGAUGGUUUGCUGGCGGAGUGUGUCGGAGCAAGGUCAGGCUUGAUGGAAAAACAGUCCUGAUCACAGGCGCCAACACUGGCAUUGGGAAGGAGACGGCCCUGGAUAUGGCCCAGCGAGGAGCCAGAGUGAUCUUAGCCUGCAGAGACAUGACCAGAGCUCGAAUCGCAGCUGAUGAGAUCCGGCAGCGGAGUGGAAACGGCAAUGUGGUGGUAAAGAAACUGGACCUGGCCUCACUGCAGUCUGUCAGAGACCUGGCCAAAGAUAUUCGGGAGAAUGAGGACCGCCUGGACAUCCUCAUCAAUAAUGCAGGUGUCAUGAUGUGUCCUAAGUGGAAGACUGUGGAUGGCUUUGAGAUGCAGUUUGGUGUGAACCACCUGGGACAUUUUCUCCUCACAAAUUCUCUCCUGGAUCUGCUGAAGAAGUCAACUCCAAGUCGCAUUGUCAUCGUCUCCAGCCUGGCACACGAGAAAGGUCGUAUACACUUUGAUGACAUCAACCUUGAUAAAGAUUACAAGCGUGAGGUGAGCUACCGCCAGAGCAAGCUGGCCAAUGUGCUGUUCUGCAGAGAACUCGCUACAAGACUGCAAGGCACUGGUGUGACAGUGUACAGCCUUCACCCUGGUGUCAUCCGCACAGAGUUAGGCCGUCAUUUGUUCCCAACUUUAGCCCUGUGGAAGAGGAUCAUUGCCAUGCCAUUUUUAAUGCUGAUCAAAAGUCCCUGGGAAGGAGCUCAGACCACCAUCUACUGCGCCGUGGAUGAGAGCGUGGCUAACGCGAGCGGCCUCUACUACAGUGACUGUGCCGCUAAAACAGCAGCCACACAGGCCCUGGAUGAUGCUGCAGCCAAGAAGCUGUGGGACGUCAGUGCUUCGAUGGUGGGUCUGGCUUAAACAAAACAGCCGAGGCUGGAGUCAGUGUCCUCGUGAACACUGGCAAAGGUAGAGAGCACUAAGGUUGUUUUUUUGUGUGUGCGUGUGGGUGUACUUUCAUGCUAGUGAUCGACCAGUUUGAACAUUUUAGCACUAAUAGAUUUACAUCAUGUUACAGUAUUUAAUCAAACACAGCAGGUUGCUUGAUCUUUAUAUUCUACUCAUUCUUUAUUAGCACAUUUUCUUUAUCUGUAUCCACAGUGUGCAGCUAUAAGCAUAAUGAAACAAGGUAACACUUAUGUACCAUGAGUGACUGCUUUCAUGCACUGAACUUUGUUUUUUUUAUUAUGAGCUCCAACAUGAGUUAAGCAGGCUCUCAUUUUUCAUUAUAUUUUAUCUUUGAGACUUCUAGCACUUUAGACAGCUGCUUUAUAUCAUGGCAUUGAACAACAACAACAUUUUAUUUUGUUGUUUAAUGACGGUGUGUUGUGAACUAUCAACCUUAUGCAGAUACAAAAAAAUCACGGGGUUAUAGCAUAAACAAAAGAAAAGGAAAUAAAGGGUUAACGUAACCAAGAAUUAAAGAAGUGUUUUAUUCACCUUGUCUUUAAUUUUUACACAGGUUACUUGAUCAAAACAGCCCUUCUUUUCUGUGAUUUACUAAACAUUGCUGCUGGUUGAAGCUAACCAUGGUGCUAUGCUAACCCAUGCUGAGUCAGCCAUGAUUUUUGUUACAUGUGCAGCCAUAAAAAUCACAUAAAGCAAUACUACAUUUUCAAAGAAGUACAAAUAAGGGAAGCCGAGGGCCUCUUUGUGUGUAGUUUGAAUUGAAAGUGUGAACAUAAAGUCACUUUCCUGGUUGAGAAAUGACAAUAUGUGCCGGCAGUGGUGAGAGGACCUCAAAGUUUCCCCCACCUGGUGUAGAGAGAGGGGACACCUCGGGGCUGGUAGCUCCAGAGGUCAUGUCAGAGUGCCCUUCUUUGUGUGCGAGUGAUUGGGUAUGUGUGUCUUAACAUAGCAGGUGAUGUGUUCUUUUUCCUGUUUUGCUGCUUUCAUUCUUGGAGGAGAGAAUUGUUUCCUUCAGCUGCAACCAUUAUGAACAAAACAAAUUGAACAGGGAACCAUCAAUUUGUUUAGCCACGAAUGUCUGAUUAAAAAAAAUUACAACAAAA